AUGAAACAAACACAAGCCACUACAAAUGCUACUGCUGUUGCUUCGUCGACAAGCUUCCGAGCACGACCGAGAAGAGUCGUGCAAAAUUUCGUUCUAGUUUGGCUCGAUGCUCAUAUUGACGAAAAAAAGGAAGAUUUUCGAAAUUCUUUUACAGAACUUCGAAAAUUAGUUGUCACAUUAGAAACAUUCACUGAAGUCAACUCAUGUGUCGAAUACUUAAAAAGUAUCAGUGAUCAGAAAAUCUUUUUAAUUGUUUCUGGGUCAUUUGGUCAAACGAUGGUGCCAUUUAUACACAAUAUGACUCAACUUGAUACGAUCUUCGUUUUCUGUUCAAACAAAGAUCGACAUAAAGUAUGGGCGAAAGAAUGGUCGAAAGUCGAAGGUGUUCAUGGCUCAAUAAAGUCCAUGUGCAAACAAUUAGCAAAGACUACACGGGCAUGCGACCAUGAUGCAAUACCAAUGAGCUUCUUACCAAAGCGAAAGAUAGCAGAUGCAGCAUCGAACGAUCAAGAUCUUCAUCACUUACCACCAGCUUACAUGUACUCGGUGAUUUUCAAGAGCAUCGUAUUAGAAAUCAAUGAUGAUAAUGAUGACGCCAAAUCUAUAAAGGCUUUACAAAUUUAUUGUAAAAAACAAAAUAUUCCUGACGCAGAAAUAAACGAAUUAAAGCGUAAAUACCACCAGGAAUCACCAAUCUGGUGGUAUACAUGUGAAAUGUUUCUAUAUGGCAUGCUUAAUCGUGGAUUACGAUCAGUUAAUAUGGAAACAAUGUCCAAGUUAGGCUUUUUUAUUCGAAGUCUUCAUCUGCAACUAGGGCAACUGCAUCAGGAACAAUCGGCGAAUUUCAAGAAACCAUUCACCGUUUAUCGUGGUCAGGGACUAAGCAAGGAAGACUUUCAGAAACUACUAGAUUCAAAAGGUGGUCUACUAUCGUUCAACAACUUUUUAUCGACUAGUAUGGAACAAAAAGUGGGCAUGGCAUUUGUUGAACGGGUUAUGCAAAAGAAUCAAGAUAUUGUUGGUGUUAUCUUUAUUAUGAAAAUCGAUCCCAGUAAAAUAUCAACUUCAAUUACUCCAUUUGCUAUGAUUGAUGAUUACGCUGCUGUUAAAAGAGAACAAGAAAUACUUUUUACAUUGCAUACCAUUUUUCGUGUCGUUGAAAUUAAACAGACGGCUAAGAAUAGUCGUCUUUGGGAAGUACAAUUGACUAUUACUGAUGAUAAUGAUCCACAGCUUUCUACUGUUACCAAGCGCAUCAACGAGGAGAUCGAUGGUCGAGGAUGGUAUCGAAUGGGUCAAUUAAUGCUCAAAGUGCGUCAUUUUGAUGAAGCUGAAAGACUCUACAAUGAAUUACUCGAGAAUGCGUCCACUGAUAGUGAUAGAGCAUAUAUCUAUCACCAGCUUGGAUGGUUGAAAGACGAUCAAGGUAAAUAUCUAGAAGCAGUUAAAUUCUACGAAAAAUACCUCGAAAUAAAGCGGGAAACUCUUCCACAAGAUGAUGCUUCAUUGGCUCCUACUUAUAACAACAUUGGCACAGUGUAUAACAACAUGGAUGAUUAUUCGAAAGCACUUGAAUUUUACGAAAAAGCAAAUAAAAUCUAUGAAAAAGCUCUGCCUCCGAAUCAUCCCAAUUUGGCUACGUCCUACUGCUCUAUUGGUACAGUGUAUAACAACAUGGGUGAUUAUUCAAAAGCACUUGAAUUUUACAAAAAAGAUAUCGCAAUUAAAAAAAUAUCUCUGUCUCCGACCCACCCUGCUUUGGCUAAUUCCUACAAUAACAUUGGUGUGGCGUAUUCCGGAAUGGGUGAUCACUCGAAAGCAAUUUCACUUCUAGAAAAAGCACUUGAUAUUUAUCGAAAUUCACUGCCAUCGACACAUCCAAAUAUUAAGCGUGUAAUGAACAGUAUAGAAGCAGUGAAAAAGAAGCUGUAA